ACGAAUUUUCGCGAUUGAGCUCCAGUCCAACUAGUGAGUUGCUCUCGCAAUGGCUACGAGUGGUGUUCUACCUUCUGUUUUAGUGCUUGGGGUCCUCUUUUGCACGAUCCUCACUGGGGAUGGUACCGUAAAAACGGGACCCCCACACGAAGCGACGAGCUCAUCGCCCGGAUGGCCGUUGGCUAAAAUCUCAAUAAGCCCAGUGUCUCCAACUUCAAACCCGUUGUCUCACACCUCAAGCCCGGUGUCUCGAACCUCAAAACAGGGUUCUCAAGCGGAGUCGCAUAAAAAUCCUGGCUGCUUCGGUUUUCUGUCCCCUCAUAAAAAAACCUCCGGCGAUCAGAAAAAAACCCAAGGCUACGUAAAGAGCCAAAACAGUGGAUGGGGCUCCAAGCUCAACAGGAUUUUCCGGAAGAAGCCCAAGGGCCGUUACAGUAACGGGGUGCUUUUGAAUCCGGACAAAGCGAAAGAUAUGCCUCCUCACCGCGCCGCAAACGGGCUCCUUCUCAGGGAUAGACCUUUUUUGUCCGAACAUCAAGAUGAAAUUUCACCACAGACACACGAAAUUUCGGGAGAAAAUUAAUAGAUUUUCAGUAUAUAUAUAUAAAAUCGUUGCGCGGUUGAUAGCGAGAGUUACACUGAAAAAAAAGCUCGGCUUAGGUAUGAAGCUUCUUUGAAUUCGCCCCGAGAAAUGUUUUUUAUCGUGACUGAAAAAUACAAUUAUAUUAUGAAAUCUCAAAAUAACUUUCUCGUCUCAGGAAAACAAAAAAAAAAUCGUUUUUUCUUUUUAUCUGGCAAUGCAAUGUCAUACUUAUUGUGUGUGUCUCUUAUGUGCGUAUACAAUGAAUUUUAAAUUACAUAAAUGACUCGCCUUUGUUUUUUUGCUGUUUAACCAAUGCUAAUUAUAGAGUUUUGAAUCUUGUU